AUGCAUCUACCGGCCACCGGCGCUGCCCCAAGCGAGUGCCAGAGCCCCUCGAUGCCGACCACAAUCAACGACAUGUUCGCGAACCUGCACGAGAUGCUGCAGGAGUACCACGGCGAGCUGGUCCAGACCGGCUCCCCGGCCGUCCUCUGUUCCGCGCUCCCGACGCACUGGCGCUCGAACAAGAGUUUGCCGUGCGCGUUCAAGGUGAUCGCCCUGGACGACAUCCAGGACGGGACGCUCGUGACGAUCAAGGCGGGCAACGACGAGAACUACCACGCGGAGCUACGCAACUGCACCGCGGUGAUGAAGAACCAGGUGGCCAAGUUCAACGAUCUCCGCUUCGUCGGCCGGUCCGGGCGGGGCAAGUCCUUCUCGAUCACCAUCACCAUCAGCUCGUACCCGUGCCAGAUCGCCACCUACACCAAGGCGAUCAAGGUGACGGUCGAUGGGCCGCGCGAGCCCCGCUCCAAGCAGAUUGGAAGCGGUGCGACGACCAUCGGCAACGGCGGCGGCGGCGGCAACAAUCUGCUCCCCAGCCCGACCGCAGCCAGAGCCGCCAGCCUCAGCAGCGGCGGUGGCGCUCGGGACGAGCUCGUGACGCUGCGCUCCGCCGCCAGCCAACCGCCAGUGCCUGCGUCUGCGGUCGCCGUCGGGCCGCCGAACGGGCUGGCCGGCGGUAUGCCACACACCACCGCCCUCCUGACGAGCCCCGCCUACGCCCCGCCGGCCCUGCCCGCGUUCGCGGUCCAGCCGGACCAUCAGCAGCUGAAAUCACCUUUUCUGCCUUACGACAUCGCCGCCUUCCGCACGACGGCAGCGGCGGCCGCCGCGGCGGCAGCGGCCGCUUCCGCCACCACCAACGGAGGCCAAGGAGGGGGUGCUCCUCAGCAGCAACUGGCGGCCACCAUCACCCUCCACCAGCACCACCACCACCACCAACACCAGCAGCAGCAGCACCACCAACAGUCGGCCACCAGCACCGACUCCGCCUCAUCGCGCCUCUCGUCCACCUCGUCACGCAACUCGAACGCCAGCCCACCGCCCAUCAUAUCCACCACCACGGCCCUCUCGGCGGCGGCGGCAGCAGCAGCCGCCGCAGCCGCCGCAGCCGCCCUAGGAGCCAGCUCGAAUGGCGGCUCGCUGCCGGCGCUGCUGCAACCGUCGCCCAAGUCCGGACUGCUCACCCUCAACCCCCACCACCACCACCACCACCCACAUGCUGCCCAGCACCACCCGGGGGGUGGCGGUGAAUCUCUGGCGGCGGCGGCGGCCGCCGCCGCCACCAGCAGCAGCAGCCUCGGGCAGAACGACACCAGCAACGGGGAUCUGUCUUCCGCGAACGAGGGCGACGACUCGGACGACGAACAGAUCGACGUGGUGAAGUCCGCCUUCAUCCCGAUCCUGCGGCCGCCAGCCGCGCCCUCCGCCGAGACGACGGUCACCGGCGGGAGCGGCGGGAGCGAGACGCGCGACAAUUCGCCCGACAUCUGCUGCGAGCUGGGCGCGGGCGCCUGUAAACCGGAGACGCCCGAUUCGACGACCGCGGCCCUGGCGCCGCCGGCCGCAACUGCCAACGCCGCCGCCACCGCCAUCGUGUCGCCCCGCAUCGGACUGCGGUGCGAUCUGAAGGCGCUGUCCACGCGCAAACAGCUACUCCACGAUCCGACCCCGAUCGUCGUGGUGGCGGCGAAGCACCCGAACCACCACCAGGAGCUCGUCCUGCAGCAGUCGCCGCCCGAGCGGACCAAGCUGCGCUCGCCCAACCUCAUCAAGCAGACCCAGAAGACCGUCUGGCGGCCGUACUGA